AUGGCCGGUCCCGGUGGUGGUCCUCCUCGCCGCAGCCAUACCAAGUCCCGCAAGGGCUGUGAUACCUGCAAACGCCGACACAUUCGCUGUGAUGAAAACUUCCCUCAAUGUCGCAACUGCACUAAGCACAAGAUCCGAUGCCCUUAUAACGACGUGCAAGUCCCCGAUUCUGAGCGAUCUACCACUCCCGACAAGCCCGACCUUAUGUGGACGCCCCAAAUCGAGGCCGCGAUUGCUGAGUGGCAACGAACAGGCAUUUUCCCGCUCCCUAGCCUUGGAAUUUACCCUGCGCCCAUGCCUCAUCUGUACUCCGUCGAAGACCUUCGUCUGAUCUAUCACGUUGCUGCCCUGUACUAUCAGUUGGCUACAAUCGAUGCGAACAACUUCACCCUCUGGACGCGCCAUAUUCCUACCCUGCUUCGAAUCGGCGCUACAACCCCAUAUGUGAUGCACGCCCUGCUCGCCUUCUCUGCCAUGCACAUUGCUUUCCUUACCGACUGUCCCUUGGUCGGCAGCAUGGCCUAUGAACACCGAGGCAUCGCUCUCAAGGGUCUUCAAGAGGCCAUUGGAUCUUUCUCUCGUGAGACUUCAGAUGCUAUCUUGGCCGCCUCUCUUGUCCUUUCCUGGCAAGCCACUGAUUGGCGCAGCUGGACUCAGUUGAUGCAGGGAACCUCAUCGGUUAUCGAUGCCAUGGACCCAUGGAAGCAUGAAUCCCAAUUUGGAGACUUUAUCGCCGAGAGCAGCACGUUCCCUACAGCUCCGCCAUCCCCUGGAAAGGACCACCGUCCCAGCCAACCUCGCCCUGAGGACCUGGAUGCUUACCAGCGCACCCUCGAGCAGAUUCAGAAAGUCGAAGCCCACCUCAAGCAUCACAAGGAAGACACUACUCAGAUCCAGCAUCUGAUUGGUUUCCUUCGAGGCUCUCGUAAGAUCAGCCCUACACUUUCCAUUGCUCAGCAGUUCGAGCGUCUCCAGCCUCUCCGCAAAUGGCUCUUCUGGAUGCCCGUCGGCUACCUGCAGAACUACCAUGGCUCUCCUAACUCCCUAGUCAUCAUUGCUCACUUGUAUACUGUGGCUCUUCUCAUGGAACGACUCUUCCCCGAGAUCGGUGCUGCCUACUUCGGAAGCUUGUCCAUCUCUCCGGUUGAGGAAAUCGCCCGUCGACUCAUGUCUAUCAAUGUCUCGGGCGCUGGAAACGAGAUGCAGACUCCUCUGACUCUCAUGGAGUUCCCCAUUGAUACAGUUGGCCAGUUCCGCUCCCGCAUGGGAUGGAUGCACCCUGAGAGAACUCCAUCGUUCCCUCAGUUCAACCCUCGCAACUUCACCGUCCAGGAGGAGAUGCCAUCUGCUGAGACAUAUCUGUACGGGAACCCUGCUUUUAGUUACAGCACCGAGGAAAUGCCAAUGCUCAAUGCCUCUGGCCCGCCACCUUCUGCAGUGAGCCCUCUGGUGCUGUCUCCCUACCCGACUCAACAGUACCUCAACGUCCCCUCUCCGGCUUACACGGGAGCUUACAGCCCUGCAUCCUCAACAUUCGAGGGUUCAGUUGCUUACAGUGACACCGAGGAAUACGGCUCAUGGGACAUGAACACUCUACAAGGCGGACCCUCUUCCAACAUUCAAGACUCCCCUCAAAACUAUGGCGUUGGGUUCGUUACUCCUGUCCAGGCCGUGUGGAUCUAG